UGACACAGUACAAUAAAUAAAAAAUGAUGUUUAAUCAUUAGGAAAAUAUUAUUGUUAAAAUAAAUCAAAGAAAGGGUGUUUUAUAAAAUAAUGGAUUCCACUGAGGUAUUAGAAGACAAGGAUAGCGGUCCUGAGGUCCAGCUUAAUUUACCCGGUUCUGUUAUGAGCCGAAUAGAAGAAUUAAUGGGAGGAACGGAACAAUUCGAUAGUGAAGAAUUUGACGCUGUGGCCUACAUCAACCGUGUAUUCCCUACUGAACAGUCGCUCUCAGGAGUAGAGUCAGCAGCAGCUCGCUGCGAGUUUCGUCUAGCCAGUGUGCAGCAUGACAUUCGAAGGCUGGUCCGAGCCCAGCAUGAUCAGCGAAUGGCCGGACAUGAAGCAUUGCUCGAUGCUCAGAAAUGUAUUGCUGAACUGGCUUUACAGGUCGCAGAUAUAAACAAAAAAGCUGAACGCAGUGAAAGCAUGGUCCGCGAAAUAACAUCGGAGAUCAAACAACUAGACUGCGCCAAGUGGAACCUUACCGGAGCUAUCACAGCCUUGAACCAUCUCCAUAUGCUAGCUGGUGGAGCCGCAUCUCUCAGGACCUUGGCUGAUAAUAGACGUUACAAGGAACUAGUGUUGCCAUUGCAAGCUAUAAUGGAGGUGCUAGAUCAGCUUCAAUGCUACCGGGAUAUUAAAGAGCUGAACGCCUUGAGGGAGGAGGUGCUCGGCAUCAGGUCGAUGCUGGCUCAGCAGAUACUAGCCGACUUCAAAGAAGCCCUCACUGGUGGUGGUAAGAGUGGCGUGUCUCCCCGGAUGCUGGCGGAGGCGUGUAGUGUGGUGGACGUGCUGGAACCUUCCGUCAGGAAAGAACUGCUCAAAUGGUUUAUAGAUAUGCAGCUACAGGAGUACGAGCACCUGUUCUCUCCUGAGCAGGAACACGCGUGGGUGUCGCACGUGGAGCGCCGCUACACCUGGCUGAAGAAACACCUGCUGCGGUUCGAGGAGACCCUCGCGCUCACCUUCCCCCCGGCCUGGAGGAUGAGCGAACGCCUGGCGCAUCGGUUCUGUAAGCUCACACACAAGGCUCUGAGUGAUCUGCUACAGGCUCGGCGGAACGAGCUGGAUGUCAAACUGCUAUUGUACGCCAUACAGAAGACUUACAACUUUGAAGUGUUGCUGCACAAGAGAUUUAUAGGUACCGAUGUCGGUGCUGAUGCAGCGGACCUGUCCCCCGAGCAUCAGCUGGUGUUUGAUGAUGAAGAGACGGGUGCUGUCCUCCGUCAAGGCUCCCCGUGGGUCGGUCUGAUAGGAUCGUGUUUCGAGUGCCACCUGUCGCUGUACAUCACCAGCCUGGACGCCAACCUCCGAGGGCUUAUGGACAGGUUCAUACAGGACGCCAAGAGUCCAGAUAGCGUCACGAGCGCGGUGGGCAGCGGCGCCGGAGCGGUGAUGUCCUCGUGCGCUGACCUGUUCCUCUUCUACAAGAAGUGUCUCGCCCAGUGCGCCACGCUCUCCACCGGGGAGCCCAUGCUAGAGCUGUCCAUGGUGUUCUCGUCAUAUCUCCGCGAGUACGCCGGCAGCGUGUUGUCGGCCGCGCUGCCCAGGGCCGCCCCCGCCCUGCCCGCCCUCGUCACCGGCCUCCACACCCUGCUCAGAGACGACGCUGUCAGGUACACGAAGCAGGAGAUCACUAAAAUAACGAGCGUCAUCACCACCUCCGAGUACUGCCUGGAGACGACUGUACACCUGGAACAGAAAUUAAAGGAGAAGAUCUCACCUUCGCUGGUCGAGAGGAUAGACCUGGCGCCCGAGCAGGACCUGUUCCACAAGAUGAUCAGCAACUGCAUCCAGCUGUUGGUCCAAGACCUGGAAAUGGCCUGCGAGCCGGCCCUCCAGGCGAUGACUAAAAUAUCCUGGCUGCAUUUCGACAACGUAGGCGACCAGAGCUCCUACGUCACACAGAUCAUCAUGCACCUCAAGAACACGGUCCCCAACCUGCGGGACAACCUCGCGUCUUCGAGGAAGUACUUCACGCAGUUCUGCAUCAGGUUCGCGAACUCCUUCAUACCGAAGUUUAUCCAGAACAUAUACAAGUGCAAGCCGAUCUCGACCGUGGGCUCCGAGCAGUUACUCCUGGACACGCACAUGUUGAAGACGGCGCUGUUGGAACUGCCGUCCAUAGGGUCGGAGGUGAAGCGGCAGGCGCCCACCACCUACACCAAGGUCGUCAUAAAGCUGAUGACGAAAGCGGAAAUGAUUCUGAAGCUGGUGAUGGCGCCGCUGGACGGUAACUUAGAGGGAUUCGUCUCCCAGUUCGUCCAACUGCUGCCGGAGAGUACCUUGGUGGAGUUCCACAAGGUCCUGGACAUGAAGGGAGCCAAACUGACCAAGACACAGCAGAGCUCUCUGGACGCUCUGUUCAAAGAGACCGCUAAGACUGUACAAAAUAAAUAAACACACUACGGAUGUUUUAGAUUGGUACACUUGGAAGAAAUCGCAUGGAAGCUGACCAUUCUUCCACAGAAGAACUGUAGCUGAUCAGAUUUCCAGUGUUGUUAAUACAGUAGUAUAAUAAGUUGUAACCGACAUUCCGCGUGAAACAUGAAUAGAAUUGAACAUGAAUUUUAAAUUAUGUGAUUUUUAUUAAAUGAAUACAUAUUUAUAAAUAA